AGGAGAAAGGCAGACACAGAAACAAGGCUCAGAAAAAAUUGAGACAUUUUUCUUCUAUCUUCCUAAAAUUUUUGAAAGGCAUUUCAUCCACUCUUUCUGGAACUCUUCAUUGGCAUGGAUAAGAAACUUGAGGAGCAAUCGUCUUAUUUUUAAGGGGAACUACAUUGAAAAAAAUCUUGAAGUUGGCAGAUGAAGCUUUUUUUUUAUACCAAAGGUACUGAGCAUAAAUAUGGUGAACAUCAUGAAUACUCUACAUUCAUUUCUAUCAACAUAGAGUCAAAGAUCACAAAGUGUGGCAGGAAAGCACUGAGGGAGGUUGGUAAUUAAAGGGCAUCUAAAAAAAGAGCUGGACACAGGGCGAGGCUGUGGAGUCGUGUGUGGAGGCACAGUAAAUCUACAAGAAGAGCCUUAAAGAGUCUACAAGAAGAGCUGUUUCAAUCCAUCCAGACUGCACCACGAGGAUUGCUCAUGGAUCCCUAUGGAGGUCACUACCUAAACCGAGAAGCAGUGCUGUCUUUACUGGGUAUGGCUCGCAUAUCGCAACUGAUAUUGGGUUGCACCAUCAUGGCUUUAGUGACUCACAGCGCAGGCUUCAGUGCCAGCUAUGGUACCUUCUGCAUGUUUGUGUGGUGCUUCUGUUUUGCCAUGACAUUGAUUAUCUUUGUGCUUGAUGUGGUUCGCCUGCAUGGCUGCGUGCCCAUCUCCUGGGACAAUUUCACUGUGGCCUUUGCCAUGCUUGCCACAUUGAUGUACAUCACAGCUUCUGUCGUGUACCCUGUGUUCUUCCUCGGCAGUGAUUGCCCGGCUGAAGGCUGUGAAGUGCGCAACUACCGCAUUGCUGUUACUGUAUGCUCCAGCAUCUGUUCUCUUGCCUAUGGUGCCGAGGUCUUCCUCACACGGGCCAAGCCAGGCCAUGUGGUGGGUUACAUGGCCACUAUGUCAGGCCUGCUCAAGGUAGUUCAGGCCUUCAUUGCUUGCAUCAUCUUUGGUGCUCUGGCAAACGACAGUGAGUAUCAUCGCCACAUUCCCACACAGUACUGUGUAGUGGUCUACAGUCUAUGCUUUGCCAUCACAGUGGUGGUGGUGGUCCUGACUGUCUCGGGGAGGACUAUAGUUCUGAGGCUGCCCUUUGACCGCUUUGUGAUUAUAUACACCUUCCUGGCAGUCCUGCUGUACAUGAGUGCUGCUGUGGUGUGGCCUGUCUUCAGUUUUGAUAAGAAGUAUAGCUCUCCUGGACGACCAGAUGAUUGCCCCCACGGAAAGUGCCCAUGGGACAGCAAGCUGGUGGUGGCAGUGUUCACCUUUGCUAACCUGGUGCUCUACUUCACUGACCUACUGUACUCUCAGAGGAUCCGCUUUGUCUCACAGUCAGCAGCGUAAAAUAGCAUUUCUGCUUCUACUGGCUAUGAAAUGCAUCAUUUGGUGCUCAUACAAAUAAUGCCACUAAUAGACAAUACACAUAUUUUAGUUAAAAAGUUUUCAUGUUAAAAUAAUAAUGAAAAUAUUCUGAUGCACCCUGUUAUGAGCUCAGUAAGUGGCUAUCCUGUUUGAAUUAAGUGACUUUUAUCUGCUUCCCUGUGAUGGAAGUCAUGUGAUCACUUCAUUUUCAUGUACUUAAUAAUGACUUAUUUCAGACACAAUCUUGAAUUUAUAAAGCUGUUUUUCCCCUAAAUCAUAAAGUUCUAAAUCAUAUCCAUUG